CUAAUUCUUAUUUUAAGAUCUAUAAAAUAUGGAAUCAUCAGCAAAAGCUUAGUUUAAUAUUUUCAAGAAAAAAGGAAUGAGCAUUUAGACAAUCGAAUCAACCGAACCAACACCCAAAAAAUAAAUUUCUCAAAAACGUUCUCAAAAAUUCUUAGAAUAAAGUUAACCAUCUAAAUGUAUUAUUUAUUUUGAUUUAUAGCCAUGAUUACAAGCAUGAAUGAGGAAAAAGAAAGAAGAAUCAAAUAAUUAUUAGAAGAAAAUUUAAAGUUAUUAGAGCAAUGUUCUGAAAAAGAUUUGUAAAUUGGCAGAUUAUAAACGAAAAUAGAGAAAGAUAUAGUUUUAAGGACUUAAAGAGUUUAAACUUUAAAUAAUUUGUAAAUACUUGAAAAAAGGAAAUAAUUUUUCAAUUACAAAAAACAUUCAAAUUUUUCUGAUUUGCGACAAAAGGAAAGUGAAGAAUAGCAACUUUUCACUUUUUAUAGUCCAGAACCAAAAUAAAAUUCAUAAACAUUCAAACUCCCUAAAGUUUUUAAAGCAUUUCCUUAAUAAAAUAAAUAUUUUAUCUGA